ACAUAAAACAAUAAAACCAAUGUUUCUCCCUAAUUUAAAAUGUCCAAUUAUGUUCCCUCACCACAACCUACUGUUAUUCAUGUUGCUAUGUACAUAUUUAUGGCUGGUACAAUAUUGAUUACAAUAAGCGGAAAUUUGGUAGUCAUCAUUUCCAUCUCACACUUCAGACAGCUUCACUCUCCAACCAACCUCCUUAUUCUUUCCUUAGGGUUUGCUGACUUACUUUUGGGUACAAUUGUUAUGCCCUUUAGCAUGAUACGUUCUGUUGAAACAUGCUGGUACUUUGGAGAUCUGUUCUGCAAAAUCCAUUCCAGCUUUGACAUGAUGAUGUCAACAGCAUCUAUUUUUCAUCUUUGUUUUAUUGCCAUUGACCGUUAUUAUGCUAUAUGUAAUCCUUUGCGAUACAGAACAGAAAUAACCACGUCGGUAGUUGCUAUUUUUAUUGCGAUCAGUUGGGUUUAUUCUAUUAUGUUUGCUUUUGGGGUGGUGUUUUCCAAAAUAAAUUUAGUUGGCAUUGAGGAAUUUGUCAUUUCAAAUUCCUGUGUGGGCACAUGUGUACUGCUUUUUAACAGAUUGUGGGGCGUACUUGUAACCAUGUUAGCAAUUAUUAUUCCAGGAGCAAUUAUGAUAUCGCUUUAUAUAAAGAUUUUAUAUGUGGCCAGAAGACAUGCCAGAGUGAUAAACAAAAUGCAGAGCACAAAAUUGUCUCUGGAUGAGAAUAGAAAAGAAAUUUCUCAAAAAAAGGAGAAGAAAGCUGCUAAGACUUUAGGAAUCGUCAUGGGAGUAUUUCUUCUUUGUUGGCUACCAUUCUUUAUUGCCACCAUUAUUGAUCCUUUUGUUGAUUUCUCCACACCUGUCAUUUUAUUUGAUGCCCUAGUGUGGCUAGGUUAUUUUAAUUCUACUUUCAAUCCCAUAAUCUAUGGAUUCUUUUAUCCUUGGUUUCAGAAAGCAUUCAAAAUAAUUGUAACUGGCAAGAUCUUCAAAAGUGGCUCUUCAUCUACAAACCUCUUUACAGAAAAAAAUUAA